CCAGUUUCUCUCAUAGUCGGUCACCGUCCUACAUCGCGUCCUUUUUAAGUUGUUCCAGCUUGGAUCAACUUUAGAUGCAAAGCCGACAUAUAUACUACACAAAUCCAUUUCUUUUUAUUCCCUUCUUAAGAUGAUCAUCACAAAGCCUUCUUCCUUUUAUGAGACAGUAUCACCGACCUCCGCAAAUCGUCGGCAUGCUUAAACUCUUCCCUAAAACACUAGCUUAAAUAUCUAUUGGCUAUACAAACGAAAACCAGAGCUAUAGGGAAUUUGGUGGAGGUAGCAAUUGAAGAUUAUUGAGCCUAUCACUCUCAUCAUCCAUGUUUUCUAUUCAAUACCGGGUGGAUUUUCAAAGUUCUCAACAAACCCUUUACUUUGCCUACUCGUACUAUUAGCAAGGAACUCAAUUAGAUACCAUUAAGGUUGCCAAACCGAAAGAAAGAAAAGAGAAAGGAGGACGGAAGGACAAAAUCCAAGGAGGGCAAAAGAAAUCUUGAGUUUCAACUUCGAACGUUGUCGGAAGUCGUCGUGGUGUACAUAGGAUAGGAAAGCACAGUCACUACAUCAGUUGCCUUGCAAUUCAGGUGAGUAAUUCUCACUCUUUUAAAAAAAUAUUGGGAGUAUGGGAAUAUAUAUUUGAAAGUCACUGCACCCGUGAGCACUUUUAAAAUGUUAUUGUAACAUAUACGGGGUAUAUGUUUAAUUGUUAUAAGUGUUACUAGUUUCGACCGUAUGUGUUAAUGUGUUUGAAUGUUACUGACUAGUUAUAUGAUUAUCUAUAAGUAUUGAAUGUUAAACGUAUUGUACUAAAGGGAAAUGUUUUAACGGAAAUGUUACUGAUGGUGACAUCACGUCGGCAGAGUUUGCAAUAUUAUCGUUAAAUGUAUUGUACCUGAUGGUGUACUUCAUCGCCCCAAAAAAGUGUAUUGUUUGUGCAUGCAAUCGUUGAUGUGUACACAUGCUCGGGUGAUCUCGGUCGCCCUGGAGCACGGGCCCAGGCACUGAGCGAGCAAGGAACGUGAGCUGGCAUCGGGCUUGGUCACCAAUCUUUGCCGUCAGUGGCCGUAUCGUAGGGGAAACUCGACGGAGUGACCCCGGUCGCAACAGGAGUAAGGUUUAGAAGAAAGAUCAAAGAACUCUAGUAGAAAGUUGGCACGUUCAUUUUGUAGUGGGAUCGCGUUGGCGAAUUCAAGUGGAGAAUCGAUAGUAUUCUGCCUUGGGUGAGAGCUCGGCGGUCGCGAAGCAUGACGUAGAGAAGCAAGCGCGUGGAUUAGCCGGGUCGUUAUAUACAUGCUUCAAGAUACAUCGUAUCCAGACUGGUGAAGAGUUCCAGAAAACAAUAGAGGCUUCAAGAAAUCAGGAGGAAACAGGAACAUGACACAUAUAGCUAAAACUCCAAUGGAUAUGAUGCCUUUCAAUGGAGGGAAUGCAAGCAAUGUUCAGUCAUCUGCUGGAAACAUCGUGAACACUGGACCUGAAAAUUUGCAGGCAAUCAUGAAUGGUCUUAACUAUCUUCAACAAGAGAUGAGAAGGUUGACAACCGGAAAGGGGAUUCAGAACAAUCAUGGAGGAAAGAUGGUCAACUUUGCACACUACGCAGAGUUUGCAGGACCAGGGGGUAAAGAGGUGAUAGAUGUUGGCAAGGUUGUUAAUGGACUAUAUGUAAUAGAUCAGGAAUCUUUUAGCCAAAAACACAUCAUGUCAUUCAUACAAUUCUUUGUAAAUCCUAAGUGUUGUUCCAUUCCUCAAUACAGUACUUCAUAUCAAGUACAUGCUGUAGUUCAUGAUGAAACCAUAAUCUGGCAUAACAGACUGGGUCAUCCUUCUCACAAUGUAAUAAAAUAGAUUCCUGUUUUACAGCAUUUAAUCAAAAAUGAUUCCUUAUGUAUUGUUUGC